AUGUCUCUGCCCAAACUACCUACCAAUCGUCGAUUCCUAACCCGGCUAUUCAAUUCGCUAGCUGCACCACCAGCCCCGUCAUCACCUGAUGCCGCCGCCUCGCUCACCGACGACGCAGACGACAAGCACCACCCCAACCCCCUCGAUAGCGUACCACCCGCGGUCAAGAAACAGCUGCUUUCCUUGCAAGUCCUCUUCCCAACCGAAUUCAUUCCCGCGCUAGACGUCCUCGACCGCCGCCUAGUCACUCGAUUUCGCAUCCGAAACCAUCCGUCGUCUCCUUCUGUCCAUCGACAAGACGGACACCACCAUGAAGAUGCGGUGAUGCGACUAGGCGGUGACGACGACGACGACGACAACGACAAUGAUGAAGAGAUGCACAUGAGUGAUGAUGCAAACCUCAAAGACGCGACGUGUACAUUUACCACAAAACACACCUCCCUCCCUCACGAAGAAGCAACAUCAAUACCCGUACAUGUCACAACCACAACUUCUGCUUACAACGGCAAGACCAAAUCAUCAAUCUACUACGUCCAAUCCGCCCAGCACCACCGCUCCUCCCGCUACUCCUCUGCUUUCUCCUUGUCCUCUGAUCAACCCCCAACCUACCAAGUCCGCCUCACAACCUGGUCCUGCUCCUGUCCCGCCUUCACUUUCGCAGCCUUCCCUGCCACUCCUGACUCUCCUCCUAGCCAAACACACCCUAUUCCCCAUACUAACCAUGACAAGGAAGAAAGCGAUGAACAAAAUGAUGACACAGCACAAAACCCCCCCUGGAUCUUCGGUGGCACAACGCUAGGCGACGAUAUGCCCCCCGUCUGCAAACACCUCUUAGCAUGCCUACUCGCCGAAAAAUCUAACAAUCUCUUUGGUCGCUUUGUACACGAAAAAUGGGUUUCUGUACCUGAAGCCGCAGGAUGGGCUGCUGGAUGGGGAGAUUAG